ACAUGCCGUACCGCCUCCGUGGACUUGCAACCGAUAGCAUUUCCUCGCGACUCAUGCGGAACUUUUACCAGAUCAUGAGAGUUUCGUCAGAGGGCUACCUCUUGCUGAAUACCUGGCAGGUUGGCGGAUUCGAUGUUCUUCUGCUUUGUAGCUGAACACUGUCUAUUCCCACCCCACAGACAGGAUGAUCCAAACUCAUCACACCUCCAUGUUUACGUAUUCUCGGACUCAGCCGAAAACGUCCUCUACUACGUCUUCUCCUCCCACUGAGCUUAGCGAGACGAAUGACACAGGGUACAAUACCGAUUCUCGAUGCCCAUCUUCUUCGUCCAAAUCAAGCUUGCAGAACGAUGUCGCUGCUGCCCAGGCAGAUGCUCACGAAGCAUUCAAGAUAAUCGAUCGUCCUCAGAAAGAAACAGAAUCCGAAUUUGAUCGCAUACGAAAUGCUUGCCCUGUGCUCCGCUCGACGGCCUGCGAUGAAGACUUUUGUCAAGCGGGACGAAUGAUCAAGACCAAGGAACCACGAGUCGGACAAGAUCGCGACGCCAGCAAGAUACAAGAAGAGGCGUCCGACUUCUUGCAGCAACUGCACAGAGACGGCAUCAUCGGAACAGAGGAAAAGCUUUCAGCGCGGCGAGAUCAUGCGUUGCGGGAGUUGCAACAAUCAUCACAACUCGUUCAGCUUUCUGGCAGAUUACCCAAUGAAGUGGAGGCCAAUUCAAAAGGCUCGCCAUGUAACCAGAGCAUGCUUGCCGGAGGUGUGUGGUGGCAGGAAUUCGAAGAGCUCGAGCAUGGACUACGGCUGGCGUGGCAGAACUCCCCAAAAUGCAUCAUGCGAAGUGAGUCGUUUAGCUUGCAACUUUGCGAUCUCCGGCAUGUUACAACGUCGCGAGAGAUGGGCUCUACGCUGGUCGACAACAUGAAGAAGGCUUACAACAAUGGAACUAUCGCGCCCACAGUAUGUGUCUUUCCGGCACGUCUGCCAGGCCAGCGAGGUCCCAUGGUAUGGAAUGGGCAGUUGUUGUCAUUCGCCGGAUACAAGGACGACGAUGAUACGAUCCUAGGCGAUCCUGCCAACGUCGCUUUGACGGAAGCAAUUAUCGAGCUCGGCUGGCAGCCUCCCCAACUUCGCACACAGUGGGAUCUCUUACCUCUUGUGACGAUGGCCGAAGGAGACGAGCCGUGCAUCACGAACAUCUCUGAAAAUGACUUUCCACUUGUCCGGAUCAAACACCCAGACUACGAGCUGGCAUUCGAAAAGCUCGGCUUACGCUGGGUAGCAGCGCCAGCGUUGAGCCAGCUUGGCUUCGACAUUGGCGGAGUGCAAUAUACUGCUACGCCUUUCAUGGGCUGGUUCAUGGAUGCAGAAAUUGGUGUUCGUGACCUCGCAGACUCAUUUCGAUUCAACGUCCUUCCCAAGCUUGUCGUCGCACUGGGAUGGGCAGAAGACGAAUCCUCGUUCGAACGAGCGCCCGAGCACGAAAGACUCGCCAAGCUGUCCAAAGCGCAAGCCGAACUCACAUAUGCUGUCUGCCACUCCUAUCGCGAAGCAGGCGUGAUGAUGUCGGAUUCAUUGACAGCUUCAUCGAUGUAUUGUAACUUUGAUGACGAGCAUUUGCGCGAGAAAGGCUACCGAUUACCUGCCAAUCCAUACUGGCUAGCUCCUCCGCAGGGCUCCAUUGUACCCAUUUGGCAUCGCGGUGGUGCGCCGAAUUACCAGCCUACUCCGCUAAUCUGUAAGCAUGUGCAGAAUCCGAUCAAGGCGUGGCGGAGAGAGGUGCAGGAAAGAAGUGCUCAAACAUCGCUACAACCUCGUGAACGCCAUGAUUCUUGCUGGACGGACGUCAGCGCUACUGGUCAUGCUGAAGCUAACGAACAGCUUCGGAAAGAGGAGCCCAAGUCUACAGUUCAUAUACAUUAUUGCACUGCUGCCAACACUGCGCGGAAGCUGGCUGGCGAACUUCACCGGAGACUUUCGAGAACAGCUGGCACCACCUACCACGUUCAAAAGCCCAGGACGCUGAAUGAGUUGAGGACAAAUACUCUCAGUCGGGACGACACUGUCUUGAUAAUUGCAAGCACCACUGGACAUGGCGAGAUUCCCGCAAAUGGUGCAAAGUUCGCGAAGGAUCUACAGUCGAGCUCUGAUGCUUUGGUCUUCAAUUUCAUGAUUUUUGGCAACGGGAGCACGCUGUACCACGAUACAUAUAACGCUGCGGCGAAGCAGAUCUACGAUAUUCUACAGCAGAAUGGUGCAAGGCCUCUCGCCGGUGGCCUCUUCGAAGGAGACACUGCGAUCAAUGAUCCUCCUUGGGAACGUUUCGAAAGAUGGGUCGCUGAAGUGGAGAGAGAGCUUUGUGUCUCGAGUGAAACUGACCGAAGCCGUGCCACUCCUCCAGAAACCGAGAUGAUGACAUCCAGCAAAUUCGACAUCAUGGCUCAGUACAGGCCUGCGAAAUUCAUGAAGUGCUCCGGUGAGAAGACUUCUGGUAUUCUGCACGUCACGCUUGAUGUCAAGGAUCUUCACCACGAUGCCCUGUCACAUGUCACAAUUAUUCCGCCAAAUGAUGAGAAAGACAUCAAACGAGCUUUGAAAGUCCUUCGUCUGUCUGGAUGCGAGCGACUUCCAGAUUCUGUGGAUAUGACAACUGCAACGUUUCUCCGAGACUUUGUGGACUUCGACAGUCCUUUCACAACUUUGGACUGGACGGAUCGCCUUGGCCUCUUGGCUUCGAGGAAGGCUCUAUUCGAGCGUCUACCUCUUCGCGACGCACUGCAAGCUAUGCCCAGGAUACUGACUUCGAGUGUCUUCUUGCGAGACGUUUUCGCUGCAAUGCCUCUCAAAGUGCCUCGCACAUACUCUACAGCUUGCUGUCAAGACUUGCUCAAAUCUCGCGGCAGAGGGCAUCAGCUGGAGCUAUUGGUACAAUCGCGGCACCAAGGACUCAUGGCAAACUUCUUCAAAAGUGCAUCGCCAGGAACUGCACUGCGAAUCAGACACCAUGAAUCCAAAUGGUCGGCACUGCUGGAGGACGGUAGCAGGCCAGUUAUCUGCUUUGCGACAGGAAGUGGUCUGGCACCUAUUCGGUCGCUACUCCAGCACCGACUUCAUCUCAUGCGAGAGUUUUACGCGGACAACGAAGAAGAGGUACAGCCACCCGGCCCCAUCACAUUGAUCCUCGGCUUCCGGCCCACAGACACCAACACGAUAUAUUCCGCCAUCCAGGAACCUAUCGCCGCAGGAGUAGUAGACAUGUGCCUGCUCACACCCUCCAAUCCUGCCAAAGUCCGCGCACAAGAUCGAAUCUUUGAACCUGGAAUCCGAGAGCACAUGGAGAGGAAGAUAGGAAAUGAGCAGGCGAGUGUCUUAGUCUGCGCGAGCUCAGCGGCCGCAGAAGAUUUUGAGGCGAAUCUGAAUGCUUUGAUAGGAUGCGAUGUGCGAACUGCGCUGGAUGAGAGAUAUGUGAAAGAGGUGUUCUUAACGAGAGGUGCGAAGCCCGACCUUGCAGUCUGA